UUGAGGUCUUGGUUAGAUUGUUCUUUGUCAGGGACCUCGCCCUCGACCUUACCACCAUGGGUGACCCUACCAGGAGCAUCGCUCUCGGGAUCUCAGGACCACACAAGCUUCUCCACCACGACAAGUCACACAGAAACUAAAUGAAAUCGGGGAUUCUCAGGCUGGAUUCCGGAUGGAAUUGUCCCAAAUGAAGACGAGCAUUACGGAGGAGAUCAAUGAACUGCAAAGCUCUGAGCCUGAUUUCAAGGGGGCAGUUUCACAACUGGAGACGGAAAUUGCAGAGAAGUUCAGCAAAGUGGAAGCAUUACAGGAAGAGCUAAAGAUGGAAUUCUCAAAAACAAAGACUCACAUGAUGACAUUUUCGGAAGACAUGAGCAGUUCCCUCGCUGAUUUCAGGGCUGAACUCUCCCAGCAGAAGAAUCUUCCAGGGGUCUUCAAUGAGGUGAGACUCUCACAGGCUGCUUUCAGUAUGGAACUUUCACAGAUGAACCACAACAUCUCACAGAUGAUGAUCAGAGAAAUUGGAAACUCCACUGCUGUUCUGAAGAUGGAACUUGCGCAAGUGAAGAAAAACAUGAUGGGUUCUUCUGAAGAGGCGAGGAGCUCACUUGCUGUGGUCAGGGCUGAACUCUCCCAGCUGAAGAAGAUAACCAAAAUGUUCGGAGAGAUGAGUUCGCAGUCGAAGCUCAAGGUGGAAAGUUGUCUGAAUCCAGUAAAUGCACACCUCCUGCCGGCUCUAAAGGCAAAUCAAAGGGAACUUUGCAGAACGAGGGUCAAGACCAGGAUCUGCCUCAGGUGGGAGAGCAGAUCUGCAACCCGGACCAGUCAGAGUUUGGACACCGGAGGUACAACGCCGGUCGAAGCUGUGGACGGGCUUCCAACAGCGACGGCUAGUAUGUGGCCUGGGGCUGCAAGAAUUGCCCAGGAUGAUCUAUGGGGCAAAGUUUCCCAGAGGAAUAACAUUGCGCAGAUGUUGAGAGACAUUAGAAACUUGCACUACGAGCUAAAGGUGGAACUCUCACAGAUGAAGACUAAUGUCACACAGAUGAUCGCUGAACUCAGGACGUCACAGGAAGACUUCAGGACUGAACUCGCACAGAUGAAUUAUGACAUCACAAAGCAAUUCAGUGAAAUUCGGAUCUCACAGAGCAACUGGAAACUGGAACUGGUUCAACUGAAGAAUGCCUGUGAGUAUCAUUAUGUGUCCCAUGUUGGACUAACCACUGGUAUCAGUGGUAUUAGUCAGGGCAUGAAGGGAUACGAGAAGAAAGCAGGCCCGGCGAAAUUGUUUCUACUGACAAAGGCGGACCAUGUGCCUCAAAACCACUGGUGCUUCGGGCAGGUGGGGCUCUUCAGCCUGGGACAGCAGCCCACCUAG